ACAAGUGUGUUUCCGGUUAGGUUCGUUUCAUAAAGUUAUUCACUUUUGAAAUCGAGUCACGUUCAAACAGUACAAGAUUGACUAUAUUUUAUUUAUAAUUGUCUUUAAAACAGUUGGCCAUGCUGAGACAGUAUUAUUAGCAAAGGGGAUUUUUGCUACCAUCGGUUUUUUUUUCUUCUCAUAUUAAAAUUCUCUAAAGAGGUUUGGAAAUUUGUAACUGAGUAAGAAAGCAAGUUUCCUCCAGCAUAAAGCGGUCUCCUUCAGAUGAAAACGUUGUCUGUACCUAGUCGACAACACAAUGUGUAUCACUAAGCACAAGGAGCCGCCCAUCUGUUAAAGACACCGCACAUCAACCAUGAGUUUCGACUUCCCCAACGACACGUUUGACCUCGGCCUGGGUGUCGCCAAUGGCAGCGCGCCGGACAACAGUACCGGGAGUAAGACCACACCCGACCCGUGGAGCGUGGAGUUCGCGUCCUUCCUUGCCGCCGUCAACAUCCUCGCCUCGUUCUGCAUCAUCGCCGGCAACGCCAUGGUUCUCGUCGUCAUCGUCCGGCACAAAGGGAUGCGCACCCGGACCAACCUGUUCCUGGUCAACUUGGCCGUGGCCGACAUGCUGGUGGGCGCCAUGGUCAUCCCCUUCACCAUCACCACCCUGCUCGAGCACGGCUGGAUCUUCAGCAAGGCCGUGUGUCUGUUCAACGGCUGGAUGAACGCCAUCUGCCUGGUGACCUCCAUCCACACGCUGAUGUACAUCAGCAUCCACAAGUACUUCUCCAUCGUCCGGCCGCUGCACAACCCGCUGACGCUAAAGUACAUCGUGUCCAUGAUGGUGGCCGCUUGGCUGUGGGCCGCCGUGGUGGCCACGCUCAACAUCAUGUUCCUCAAGGUGGAGUACAAGCCCGGGACGUCGCAGUGCGGCCCACUCUACCCACACAACACGGAGACGUACAUCAUACACGUCAUCAUACAGAUCACGUGCUUGAUCCUACCCUUUAUUAUCUUGGUCUUCUGCUACGUGAAGAUAUUCAGGGAGAUCAAGGCCCUGUCCAAGCGGCUCAGGGCCCACUCGUCGGCCGAGGACGUGGCCAUCUUUGCUCAGGAGAAGGCCGUGGCCGUCACCAUGUUCAUCGUCUUGGCCACUUUCUUCAUCAUGGCCCUGCCUUACUUGGCCUAUUCCAACUACACCACCAUCGUCAAGAACAAAAAACAUUUCUCCAGCUAUUUUAACCCGGUGGCCUACACCUUCCUGUACCUGAGCUCCAUGUGUAACCCCAUCAUCUACGCCUUCAGAUCCCAGGCCUUCAGAGAGGGAUACAAGGAGAUCCUGUGUCAGACGGCCACAUACACCACCCCUGAAGACGCCCAACUUCUGCCAAGGACCAGUCGUCUGUCGUCCAUCAUCUCGGUACUGCGGAGGGGCAGCAAGAACAGCGGCAUGAGCAGCAUGAACAAAAAUGGCGACAUCGUCGUGACGCGCGGCGACAGGAUCGUCUGCGUCAGGCGGGCUGGCGAGGGUCGACAGGUCAGGCCGUCCCUGGCGGGGGCAAAGUUCAACCUGCUGCACGAGCGGGUCACGGAGAUGGACGAGGAGCCGACGGAUGUACAAGAUCAGGGCGAGGUCGUGAAGGCUUCAGAUGAUGAGCAAUCGUCUGCAGAGUGUGAUGACGUUUUUGAUGACGUGGCUUCGAAAAACGAGGAAAUGAGUAAUUCGGUAUCGUGUCAUAGCAACGGGAAAACCGCAAACGUUGUAAGUGGUAUGGUAAAACGCGGCAGUAAUGGUAAAAACAAGGUUAAAAACUCACCAACAGACGAGGGACAUGAGGCAUCUGGAGGUGAAGGUUGUCACUUGUUGGAAGAUAUUACCGAGUACUUGAGAGAGCACGGAACUCGCUCGGACCAACGUGCGGAACACGGAAACAAUGAAACACCAUCCCGCAACAAUGGCGAGGAUCGUAAAAAAGUAUCUAAAAAACCCACAGUCGUGGAAAUGUCUAGGACUGAAGGUGGUCCUAGAGGUGUGGAGUCAGAGGACGAGGCAUUGCUGAAGGCCCUCUCCGGUGCUUCUCGCAGCAGAACUGUAUACGCCUCCAAAACGGAUGAUGACGUUUCGCGUCCGUCUCGCGGCCGGCUGGACAGAGGCAUCAGCUUGUCGAAGAGCUCGGAAGACUUAAGUCGUCCCGCCUACUUCCUGCGGUUGCCGUCCCAGGAGUUCCUAGACCCGCCUAUAGAGCUCUUCAGGCCUAGGAGUAACACGGGGGAGAAGAUGUCACGGCCGUAGGUCUCGCAUUCGGCCACAGAGGGCGCUGGAGCUAACAUCGAGCCCACUUGACAUAAGUUAAACUCCGCAUGAAAGUGGUUCUCAUUGUUGUUUUAACCAGUUGCUUCAGCCAAAACAUGUCAAAGUAUUUUAAAUUUAAAUCUGAUGUACAAAACGAUGAAGACGUUCGAUUAUUUACCGUUGUCAGUUGUUGUUUCCCUUUAGCUGCACAAUACAUUGGCUCAGCAUGAUCUACGCCAGAUUUUCAGGGGAAGCGGCGGUGUAAAGGAAAAAGUGUCAACUUUCCCUUCCUCAAUUAGGAUUUCUUCUUAAAGGAAAGUGUAGCCCUUGCGCUGACUGACAAGGACAGUCCCUCUGUUUUAAGAGUUAUUACAUGGUGUCCUUCAAACUUCAAGUCAUGAGUUGCUAGCCCAACCAGGUUGUUUAGAGUUUUUGGACUUUUAAAUUGUCAAUUUUCGUUUUCACUAUACACAUUAUUGAAAUAGAAUCUAGUCAAGCAAAUAGUGUGAUAUUGUGUUUUAACGCUAUUUUUAUGGUUUAUCUUUGAUUAUGUAUUCUGUUAUUCAAGUGCAGCAUUUGUAAACCUGCAUUUGUAAAAGGCAGUAAGUUUUUGUUGUAAAGAGGACAUAUUCUAAAGCCUCUAGUCUCAGACACUAAAUCAUGGUGGACUUUUUUUUCCCCAUGGUUUUAUGCAAAAGGAUCUAUUAAUAGUUCUUUUGAAACUUGAACCUUACAGUUUUAAAAUCAAACGUCACUAUACGCCAAUGACCAAUGGCGGGGCCCGCAGUGUAACUACUGCAUAAAAAGCAUAAGCAAAGCAUAAUGCUCCUAGAAACUUAGGGGCCCUUUUUCCUCUAUGACAGGGGUCGGCAACCUGCGGCUCGCGAGCCGCAUGCGGCUCUUUUGAUGUCAAGAUGCGGCUCUCCAGCUCCUUGCACAAAUACUAAUAAUCUUAAUCAAAAAAUAAAAUACUUGAAACAAAAAAUUGUUAGUGGCUCUUUAACACCAGGAAAAUUUUGAAAAUUGUAACUUUUGGCUCUUCCGCUUCAAAAGGU